AUGAAACUCAUCAAAGAUAAUCCCACAGCUAUCAAGACAAUGAUCUACUUCAUGUAUAGUUUCAACUAUAACAAUAAUAACAGCGAGCGUAAUCAAGCAUCUCCAAUACUUUCCAACAUCAAGAUCUAUCAGAUCAGAAACAAAUACAAUAUAUUAAAGCUGAAGAAACAAGCCAAAAAGAAAUUCAUAAAAAUCAUCAAAAAAAGGUGGGAAAUAGAUAACUUUGUUAUUACUAUCACAAACAUAUAUAUGACUACAGUAUCAACAAAUCAAGGUCUACGCGACCCUCAUUCAGUCUUAAGUUACAUUGAUAAUUUACUGAGGAAUAAAGAUAUCAAGCAAGUCUUACAAGAGGUUAUCUAUCUUACUGCUAAUCUUAGUCAGGGUCAAAAGAACCAGACAGAACUUAAGACCUACCAUUACCCCUCUUGUUCUAAAGGAUAG